AACGCUUUCAUCCAUCAUCAUCAAACUAAUGGAGCAGGUGAAUGCGUGCAAGAUGGUUGACUCCAAGGAUACCAGCACUAUAUCAGGGUUGCUCUUACAGGAUCGGAAAUCAUGCAAGUACGUCCAAGAAUUAGUAUCUUUGGACAAGAAGAAUGUCAAACUUGACAUGAAUUUUGGGAAAUUCGACAACGUGAAGGUCGAAGCAUCUUCAAAAGAAGGGAUUUUGUUCAUUCGUACCGAGAAAUUCCCGCUCACGACAUACCACGUCGGCAAACCUACUUCGGGACAAUGGUGGUCUAUACCGAACCCGGAUCCGAUUCUGUUUCCAACCGAGCAAGUUGGUUUGGUGGUGUUGAAUUCCGACCCUCUAACAUUCAAGGUUGUCACGCUUUCACCACUAUGCGGGGACUAUCGGGCCGCGAAUUGCUAUGGUUAUCGAUGCAAUAUCUUUGAUUCGAGGACGUGGGCGUGGGAGAGGGCGAGCUACGUAAUGUUACCAAAAGGGGUGUUGUUUGUUCGACCGAAUGAAUCCUUAGUUGUGAAUGGAUUGAUACAUUGGCUCACCACCGAUGGUCAGGUUGUUGUUUUCGAUCACGAAGACGAGACGUAUCGUAAGUUUCCUAUUCCAGAAGGGGUGAACUGCCUCAAGAGUUCAUUGAUUGAGUUCGAAGGGAAACUAGGAUUAGUAACAAUAUCAGAGAAAGAAGGGAAGAAGCAACUCUGGGCUGUUUUGGACAAUUCAAGGCAGAAUCAUAAUUGGCGUUUAAUCAAACAACAAAACCAAGAUUGCACAAGUAUUGGAAUCGCUGAUGAGGAAUCUAAAGUUAUGAAGUUCAGCGGUUUUUGUGCUCAGAAUGUUUUCCCAUUCAGAUCAAAUUUAGAGCCAAUCCGGCUUGAAGAUGGCGCAUGA